CUACUCUACUAGGAAAAUCAACACGUUUGCUCAGUUCAAAUUCCAAUUCUUGUUCAUUUUUAGGGUGUUUUUAAACGAAGGUGCGCAUCACGUGGACUCGCUUGGUCGGGCGCAAUCCGCACUUUACACAGACGAAGAAUAGAUACUCUGCAUACGAACGGCCGUCAGCAAUAAUUCCUAAUUAAUACCGUUACUAUGUAUAGAAAUGGUGAUGGGCCACGGCGGGGGCCCAUUUCGUCUCGACUCUCGAGCCCAGCAGCGGUGUGAACACAUACACAUGACGCAAGUCACCCAACGCGACUUAACUUCUUGUCACAGCGCCCGCUGUAAUCGCCUGCCUAAUCGCCUGCCCAAUCGCCUGCGACAAAGGCCAGGCCGGGAAUGGUGGCGCUCCCGAGCUUUAAGCAAAGUGGAGAUCUUGAAAUUAUCGUUUGGUACUAUAUCCCAUGAGCCAGCCAUCUACUUCGAUUUUGCAAGAGACACUCUCUACUUUGACGACUGGAUGGCUGCAUGUUGGUCUCGGAUUGACGAUAAUCGAGUUCGUGGGGGAGGAUGGCGAAGAAUCAGAUACCCAGAGGGACCCAUGGCCGCCAACGAGAUGAGUAGAAUCGAACGCUUGGCCGUUAGCUCGAGAUCUGUGGACGAUAUUAGCAUAGGUGAUAGAGCCGAGAAAAUGCUUUCCCGUUUCGCAAACAUGAAGACAUUCUUCGUCGCCUUUGAUGAGCAAAAUUAUCCCACAACCUCACGAGCCACGAUUCAAUUUGCCGGCAUACCAGCAACAACCAACUGUGAAAUGGAAGAGCUCGAAUUUGAAGAGAAGUGUCAAAUUUGCCGGGAAAAAGACAGAUGCGAGGAAAGACUUCUCACAGAAUUUGCGGCAGACUUUGCGAUAUAUGACCCGAGCAACACAGUUGGAGUUCCACCAGUUCCUGCGGAAAUACCAGAUAUUGAGUUCGUUGUUGCUGUUCGGAAUGACACCCGAUCCGACCUUCGCUGUAUUGGGCUCGGAACUGCCGCCCAGUAUUUAUCUUCGGAGUUUGGGGUUGAAUACGAAUCUGAUAGUGAUUCGGAUAGUUCUCAUUCAGAUUUAGACUGGGAAUCCACUUCUGGAUCUACUUCUGAUUCCAAUCUUCACGUUCUCAAGAUUACAGAAGCGGGUGGGAAGGUCAAAUUGUCUUUAUUCGGCGUGAACAAUUAUGAGGAGAAGAGUGAUGAUGUGGAAGAAGAAAUUUCCGAAAUCAUCGAGGAUGAAAAAAAGUUUGCCAAGUUCGUGAGCUACAGUGGAGAGAGUUUCGAGACUCUCUGCUUCUGGGUAGGGUCAGAUUAUCUUGAAAGAAGGGCGGAUCUCUGAUCUUCCAUACGCAAUGUAUGUGAGGUUUCAAUCCUUCAUCAGCUUGCUCACCGACAAUUUUGAACAAUCAGCUAUGAGUGGAAAGGAACAGCUUGGGAAGUACCAUCGACAUGAUCUAGAAGUCGCUAUGGACGAGAUGAGGUGAUGAUUCUAGAGAAAUCUGGGCUGGAUGAAGUCUGAAAUGGGAUAGAGAUCGGAAUGUGCGACUAGACGGCCGCAAAUUGAGCAAAGAAAUAUCAAAAUUCUUUUCUUUCACUCAGAUUUCGGCAC